GGGUCUUCCAAAUAUUCUGAUUUCUCUGGACAGACCACUUUCCCUAAGCCCUCUUUUGGAGAGAAACCCCUAAAUCCGUCAGAGCGCACCUCACCGCACCAGACCACACCGCACAUACUACAGAUAUAUACUUAUUAGGUAUAUACUAGGAGAGUAGAGAGACAAUGGCUAACGCAGAUGCCGAAGCGGUGGAUUUCGAGCCGGAGGAGGACGAUCUGAUGGACGAGGAUGGAGCCGUCGACGUUGACGCCUCGCCUCGGGCACCGCUUCCCAAGCUGAAAUCCGCAAUUACUGGAGGCGCGUCUUCUUCACUCUCCGCUCCCAAGAAGACUAAAGGCCGUGGCUUCAGAGAGGAGGCUGAUGCCGAUCGCCAGAAUCGCCUUGCCUCACGCGACUUCGAUUCUCUUGGCACGGAUGGUGGACCUGGUCCCCAACGAUCUAUUGAAGGAUGGAUUAUUUUGGUUACUGGAGUGCAUGAGGAGGCACAGGAGGAUGAUUUACAAAAUGCUUUCGGUGAUUUCGGUGAGAUAAAAAAUUUGCAUUUAAACCUUGAUCGCCGCACUGGGUUUGUUAAAGGUUAUGCUCUGAUAGAGUACGAGAAGUUUGAGGAGGCUCAGAAUGCGAUAUCUGCAAUGAAUGGAACUGAAAUUCUGACACAGAUCAUCAAUGUUGAUUGGGCCUUCUGCAACGGGCCCAUCAAAAGGAAGAAUAUGAGGUCAGGACGAGCACAUCGUUCAAGGAGUCCUAGGAGGAGAUACUAAUGACCUGUGUUUUUUUAAUUCCGAGCAUAUGGAUUUCAUUGAGGGGUUUGAUAUUAGUAUUUGUGGAGGAAGAUUACAAUUGAUGCAUGUUUUGAAUGGGUUAUUGGCUCGUGUCUGCUGAGAUUUCAUUUCUGUACCUUCCAGUUGUGUGGCAAUUCGGCACAAAUUUACAUUUGUAACAUUUAAGCUUAGUGAUCUUGUUUAUUUGAUGAUUUGGAGAUUUUUACCCAUUUAGUAGUGAGAUCAUAGCUUGCAAUUUCAUUGUAAACUAGUUGCCGAAUGUGGAUGCUGAUUGGAUGCUUGUGGCACUUGAGUUUUCCAGCGGAUUUAAUCCCCCUCUAUUUUGAUCAAA